GAGCAGCUUGCCUCACUUGCCUCGCUGCUGUGCUGCCUUUGUGUGGGCAACGAUGGUUUGUUGUGGUGCCAUGGCGCGCCGCCACUCACUGCCCACAGCAGCGCACUUGCAUCUGCUAUUUCCGCGCAGCGCGCCACGCACACGUUGCAGUUCGCACACGCACACACAAACAACCUUGAGAGAACCCCGCCGUGAGUUGACCAGCGUGGUCAUUUUCUCGACUCCACUCUCCGCUGCUUAUCCCCAGCCAAAGAAAGCACAGCAAACAACCUCGCCAAGCAAGCUCUCUUGUGACCACAGUAACCAGUACCAUGGAUCGCCUUCAGGAUUUCAAGAACAAGGGCAAGACCUCCACCGUGCGCAACCGCCGCCGGGAGAACGCCUUUGAGCUCCGCAAGCAGAAGCGCUUCGAGCAGACACAAAAGCGUCGCAACGUCGUUAUGGCCGACCAGGAGAACAACGACGAGAACACAACCACCGCUACCAACGGCACCAACGACAAGGCCCUCGUCCCCGUGGACAACGCCAACAAGAAGCCACAGCUGUCCUUGGAAAACCUCCGUGAGGCCCUCAAGGUCAUUCUCAAGGCCGACGACUUUGACGAGGCCUUCAAGGCCACACAGCUCUGCCGCCGCAUCCUGUCCAAGGAGAAGUUUACAAAGCCCGCCACUAAGAUUGUGAUUGAGAGCGGCGCCGUGUCGCGGCUGGUCGAGUUUCUCUCCGUGCCACACGACGACCUCCUGUACGAGGCCCUGUGGGCCCUCACCAACGUGUCCUCGGGCACAUCUGCCGACACCAUGGCUGUGGUCUCUGCGGGCGCCAUCCCCUACCUCGGCAACCUCCUCUCCAGGGAGUCGGAGAAGGUGCGCGAGCAGGCCAUCUGGUGCCUGGGUAACAUUGCUGGCGACGGCCCAGAGCCGCGCGACCUCCUGCUUGGUGCAGGCAUCAUGGAGCCCCUCAUGGCCACCAUCUACAGCAACCCAUCGACUGAGAUGCUGAGCACGGCGACGUGGGUGCUGUCAAACCUGUGCCGCGGCAAGAAACCCGAGCCAAACUUUGAGAUUGUCAAGCAGGCCAUCCCCACCUUUCUCCAGCUCGCACAGCACGAGGACGUCAACGUGCAGGCGGACGCCAUGUGGGGCCUCAGCUACCUCAGCGACGGCGACAACGACAAGAUUGCUGCGCUGAUUGAGGCUGGCGGCGCGCCGAUUGUCGUGAACCUGCUCACGCACUCGUCCAUACGCAUCCUCACGCCCUGCAUCCGCUGCGUGGGCAACAUUGUCACGGGCACGAACGAGCAGACGCAGGUACCCAUUGACCUGGGCUGCCUGCAGCACUUUUCACGGCUGAUUCAGCACGAGAAGGCCAACAUCCGCAAGGAGACGUGCUGGGCGCUGUCGAACAUUGGUGCCGGCACACGCAGCCAGGUGCACGCGCUCAUCGAGAGCAACGUGGUGCCCUCGCUGCUGUACUGCCUUGCCCACGGCGACUUCCGCACGCGCAAGGAGGCGUGCUGGGCGGUGACGAACAUCAGCAACAACGGCUGCGACGAGGACGUGCGGUACCUCAUCAGCCAGGGGUGCAUCAAGCCCCUGGUUGACCUGCUCACGGUGCAGGACGUAAAGGUGGUUGAGAUUGCGCUGGACGCACUCCGCAACGUGCUGCGCGUGUCGCAGAUGGCCGACGGGUCCAAUCCGAGUGCAGACUGGAUUGAGGAGGCUGGUGGCGUGGACCACAUUGAGAUGCUGCAGCAGCACGAAAACGACACCAUCUACGAGCUUGCCCUCGACAUUGUGGAGAGCUACUUUGCGGAGGAGGACGAGGAUGUGGGCGACAUUGCUCCCCAGAUGACAGAGUCUGGCUUUGCCCUGGCAGCACCCACGCAGGCCGCCCCCUUCUCCCUCUGAUGAGCUGCGUGGAUUGGAUUGGAUUGGAUUGGGUUGGAUGGUUAAUUGUUGGCUGGUUGUUACCUGUGGAUGUGUGUACAUGGUAAGAGAGAUGGUGCGUGUUUAAGAUACAGUUUGUGUGCAAGCCUCUUUCUUCUGGCUGAUUGAUUGCUGUGUUUGGUGUGCUCUGCUUGCCUAAUGUUUGCCCAGAGAGGUCUCAACAACUCUUGCUUUUUUUUUUUUUUUUCAAUCACGUGUGGUUGUUUGCACUCAAUUAGAUGAACUCAAAUCAAAAGCUA